AUCGAUUGCCCGCAUCAAAGCUGCAAUGCAGACCCGGAAGUCUAUGUUCUAGAUGUUUUUGUCAUCGGUGGUGCACGGAAUCUUCGGCAUGUCCCGCAGCGUCACAUUGAUCUACACCCGGAAACGGACAGCUCCACCGGCAACCAUGGAUGUAAUUAAAGAUCCAUUCUAUAAGUGCUAUGUAGCUGUUCGUUCGAAAUCAUUUGCAGUACUCACAAACCAAGCAAAAUGGCUGCCACAAGCACUGUCACCCUCGACUACACCCUGCGAGACCUCUACUCGGAAAACAAUGAAGACGACCCGAAUCUAGUGCUCAUUUAUUAUCUGCCGAACUUUACAUAUAACCCCGACGGCUCACUAACAAAAUUCGUCUAUGGACAUAAAGCGCCGGAAGAUGAGAAAGAAGGAACGUCGUCCAUUGGAGGGAGCCUGUAUCCGCAGCGGACGGCAUUUUCCGCCGGCCAGAUGCCAGUUGUGGUUCUGGAUUUUGAUUCACACCAUAAGGAAACAGAAGCAGACGAUAGAAUGUGCCAACAGGUCAGAGACGGGGAAGCGCCGCACCACGUCGACUUCCAUCGGACAUACUCGCAUUUACCACGCGAGCAACAGCCGAGUGUAACGUUUGCAAACGACUUGAAGGGCAUACGCUUGGAUGCCGGCGCGCAGAUUUCCGUCCAAAUACCAACGGACUGUCUUUCGAAUCUUCCCCAUCUCAUUAACCCCGAAACCCAUUAUGAGAUCUUAUCGAAGCGUGGGCUGGCUCUGUCUGCCUUGCCAACGCCCCGGUCCGAGGUGAUCGACACCUGCCUGACCAACCCAGAUGACCCGGCUCUUUUGGCACACGAGGUAUCACGAAUGGUAGACUCGAUUGAAAAGCGUCAACUGCCCUUCAUUAUUAAGCUUCCACAGUCGGCUGGUGGCUGCGGUGUCUUUGCGAUCGCCACGGAAGCCGAAAGGAACGAAGUGAAGACUGUGCUCACAGCAAAACUAGGCGAAAUGCUGAAUGAGCUUAAUGAAUCUAAUUAUCACUUAUACCCGUGCUCUAUUGUCCUUCAGGACUUCAUCCCUGGACCGUCUGUGGGGCUGACGUUUUUCGUUUCAAAGACCGGACACGCUCAUUUCAACGCUUGUAGCGGGCAGCUGUUUGAUGAACAUGGAUACUGGUGUGGCGCGACUAUCGCGUACAAGCAGCAGGAGCAUUUCAGAGCCACAUUUUCUCCAAUUAUGGAGAAGGUGGCAGCGUUUCUACACGGCAAGGGGUACUAUGGCCCUGCUGGUGUGGACAUUAUUACUGACGAGCGCUCCGGGGAGCACUUGAUUAUCGACCUCAACGUCCGUGUGACCGGUUCGUUCCACCUGGGGCCUCUUAGAGGGCAUUUUACCAGGCGAGGCCUUUACGAGGCUGCUGGGAUUAAAUCAGAGUUCAAGUGCUCGCGAGAUGUUUUUGAGGCGAGGCUUGCGGAUGAUAUGCGCAAAGGUAGUCUGGUCGUGACUGGAUGGUUCUAUGAGGAGUCAAGCGGCCUGAGCCAUGCUGCCAUAACCGUGGGGGCCAGAGACCCCGAAGAGCUGAAAAAGUAUCUUGAGUACGUCAGGGCUAUUGGGGCACAGCCGGAUGAGAGAGUUGCUUUCCAGGGCCCACCUGUACCAACCCUAAAAGCCAAGUGGUGAUCAAAAGUUUGCGUUAUAAUUACUGUCCAGGAUAGCAUAUGCCACAACAGGAAGAGGUCAACCGUGACAGCGGUCUGCGUCAUACUCUGAAUGAGAAAAUUGUACAACUACUCGUCAAAUUCCGCAUUCGAAUUUCAACCCACAAUGUCAUGGCUUGUGUAACAUACAGGAAGGUCCUGGUUGGAUACUCAUUCCAGCAUCCAUGGAUGCACAUUCCAGCCCUAUGCGACCUUGACGAUCGGCUCCACACUUGCGGGCCGCAGCCGUGAAGGGUCCGCCUAUCGAUGUUCGAUAUUCUACCACGAGGUAUCUUAUCGUUGCUAUACCGAUACUGCUUGAAGUUGGGGGACAGAAGAGGGUGGUUUUUGCUGAAGUCGGCUCCUGAGCCAGUGCAAUGCUUG